CACGGCGCCCCGCCCCUCGUGACGCCGCCCGGGAGGCGCGCGGGCCCGUCACGUGUGCUGCGGCGGCGGCGACACCGGCGGCCGCGUCCGUCCGUCCGUCCGCGGUGGCCCACAGGAAAGGGGUCAAGCGUAAGUAAACUUGAGGCAGCCCGUCCCCACGGUGGGUUUCAACACUGCGUCUUCGGAAGCGCGCGGGCCUGCCGCUGUCUCGGCCCCAGCUCCGGCGGGGAGGAGCCUUUCCCAGCAGCCGGGGACAGCCCAGCCGCCUUCCCAGCUGUCAGUGCCUUGCAACAGAUUGAGCAAGAAUAUUUCAAGACCUACAGACAAGACAGUCCCUCAAGCCCUAGGUGAUGACCAGCUGUGUGAGUCUUUCAAGGAAGGGCAUAGGGUGAACGAGGCCCAACAGAGAAGCAGCCGAGUGACCGCAGGCCCGACAUGGAGCAAAGCGCAGCCACCAAGGAGCUCGGGAGGACAGAGGCCGGGCACGCCCCAGGCCGCCCAAGCGCCGUCUCAGCCCAAGAGCAGCCUCGGCGGGGGGCCCCGCGCCCAGAGCAGCGCCCCCAGAGCAGAGCCAGGCGCGGGGCCGGCUGGCAGCAAGAUGUUCCUGGACUUUCAGUCGAUGAAGAUCAUCAAGGAGGACGCGGACCAGGACAGCGCCAGCGACCUGUCGGACUCGGAGCGGGUGCCCAUCGCGCCCUCGCCCCUGGCCCCGCCCACGCUCAACCUCCGGGCCGAGGAGAUCGACCCCUUGUGCUUCGAGCGGCCCCUCGGCCAGGCGGGGCCUGAGUACCAGUACCCCGACUUCCUCCCGUCCCCGUUUAGAUCCUGGGACCUCCGGGACGCGGCCAUGCUCGCGGGGCCGCGGCCGGGGGGCGCCCUGGGCCGGUUCAUGGAGCGUCUGGUGCAGCUGGAGCGGCUGCAGGAGCAGACGCUGCACUGGGAGCGCACCAAGGCGGCCAAGGGCCGGGCGGCCGCGGGCCCUGGCACUCCGGGCGUGCUGAAGAGCCCAGGGAGAGGCAGGCUCCUGGCCGCUGCCCUGUCCCGGCCUCCCCAGGAGGGGCCCUGCAGGCCCGUCCCCCUCCGCAAGAAAGGCCCGCCACGGGCCGAGCACCCUGGACCCUCGCCCGGCACCUUGGAGCCGUGCCCCCGAACGGGGGAUAUGCCGCGGAGCCGCCGGGCGUUGGCCCCAAAGCCACCCUCCGAGGGCUCGGCCGAGGAGAAGCGAAGGAAGCCCAGCAAGGCGGCCCGGCUGCAGCGCUGGGAGCCGCCCGGCGGGGGCGAGGGCUCGGCGGGGGCAGCCAGCAGGCUGGAGAGCAAUGGCAACCUCCGUGCCCCCCGGCCUCCGGCUGGCCCCCUGGAACCUGCGGACCCCAAGGCCCCCAGAGCACAGGCCCACGCCGGGCUCAAGAAGAAGGGGAGCGUGGGCCCCUGCAUACUGGCCCCUGUGUCCGGCGAGAGGCGGCCGCGGGCCAGUGGGGCCAAGCCAGCGGCCUCGGGAGCCUCGAGACGCAAGUGAGCGCAGCCCCCGACCCUGCAGCCCACCCUGUGCCCUCCUCAGCCACUGGGAGGCGGGAAUGGCAACUCCGAGAGCGACGGGGGGGGGGGGGGGUUCCAGGCCUGGGACGCCGAGAGGGUCAGGCCGCUGAGGCCACGGCGUUCUCGGCGCCUGGGUGCCCAGUGCUGCCCUCGCCUGGCUCGACGGUCCGGGUGAGAGUGGGCGCACACUCGCAGGCCGGGUAGCUGAGGGAGCUCCGGGGUGCAGGGCAGCGUGUGGGCUGACCCCGUCCCCUGUGGCGGGCGGGUGACAGGGACUGGCUGUAGUGGGCAGGGCUGCAGCGGGCAGGGCUGUAGUGGGCAGGCCGGGAGGGAGGAGGCUGGGGUCGGAUCUGAGUGUCCUCAGCCCCCGCCAGGCCCGCGCUUCCCAGCGUCCGAGGGGGCAGUUUUCUGGUGCUGCUGGGGGGUUCCAUUGGCCGGGGGAUGCCCGGUUGGCUGCCCGCCUGCCUGUCCGUGAGCGGGUUCGCCCCGGAUGAGCCUCUGUGUGUGUGUGUGUGUGUGUGUGUGUGUGUGUGUGUGUGUGUGUGUGUGUGUGUGUGUGUGUUCUGUUUCUUCACCUUCGGGUUGGUGAGAACUUGCACCUUGGAAACUGUGGAGCAGCCUGAGGACAGGUGGCAGCUCGGUGCAAUGGUGGCCAGAGGUCACGGCACAGCGUCUACACCUGCUGGACGGCCGGCGCGCGUCUUACGGCAGUUGUUUCCUGCCAAGACCUUUCCAGGCUUUCCCAGGCCCUGUCGACCGUCUCUCGCACCCUCCCGGAGAAAGCGGAUCCGAUGCUCCCAGCUGCCAGUUUUCCGGGCCUGGUGCAGGGGCACUGCUGCCGACUUCUGCUCCUGCAGUGGCCUUGGCCCUGUGCGUGUGUGUACAUGUGUGUGCACGUGUGCAUGCGUGUGUACUUGCGUGUGUGUGCACGGCUACAGAGCACGCUACUGCCCUCCUUUCUCCGUGGUUCUGAGCGGCCCUCCCGUGGGUAGAUCAAUCCUGUGUGUACAGCUGGCAUCUCGUGGUUCUUCCUGUGCUGCUUGGGUUCAGCUCUGUGACGUUUAGAACUGCUCGAUCCUAGGGUGCAUGCCACAGCCAGGGACAUCCCUGCUCUAGACCUUAGUACGCAUGCCGCAUCCGGGACUUCCCCUGGCCGGAUCACAGGGGACGUGCAGUUCCCGAGACACCCCUGGCCAGGAUCAGGGAGCAUGCAGUUCCCUGGCCUAGACCUUAGGGUGCAUGCUGUGUCCGGAACACGCUGAUUUCACCCCACGAUGCAUGCUUUAUCCACACACACCCUCCCGGGUCUCGACACUACGGCUGUGUUUGAGGCCACACGGGCGCUGCUGGAGACGCAUCUCAGCGGCAACGCCCUAAGGAGGAUGCUCCGAGCUCGCGCCACGUCCGUUCGUCUGUCCAGGGUCUCGGGACUGGGGCCAGCUUCUCCCUGGGGCCCUCGUCGACGCCCCUGUGCGCCUGACGUCUCGGCCUGAGGAGGCCUCAGGAGCGGGAGCAGGCGGUGCCGCUCGCCACAGAACAGAAGCACAACCUCAGGCCCUGGGUUCCGACGUGGGCCGGGGACUCGAGCACAAACUGGCGGGCGCCCCCCGGGCCACUGUGGGUCGUGUGAGCCUGGAGACGGUCGCGUGUCUAAGAAGUGCCUCGUUUCUGGGGAGUUGUUUACAUACAUGUUGCGUUCAAACCAAUGAAAAUCACCCUGGGGGGACCCAAAGAGCCGAGUGGGUCAGAACCAAAGUGUCCGUAUUCGCUGCCAGGACGUGGGCUACUAGCUUGGCACGGCCCGGAGGGCAGAGUGAGGCAGGAGCUCGGCCUCAGCCAGCCGCUGGACACAAGGGGCCUCUGGUGGGUCUUGCGGGGGGCUCUGGGUGCGAGACAGUGGCCCCGGGCUCGGGGGUACCCUGCCCGUCUCGGCCUGCCAUGGAAGCGUGGCUCGGGUCUGCCAUAAUAAACAGCACCGGCCCUGUG